AUGGAGGAAGCCAUCAAAGUAGAGAAGAUAUUUUCACACUGGUUUGUCUAUUCAAGAACUUUAUCAGGAGCUGAAGCAGUCAAUGCAUUGAGGCCUUUCUAUUUUGCAGUACAUCCAGAUUUCUUUGGACAACACCCCAGAGAAAGGGAAAUCAAUGAAAAUUCUCUCAAGAGAUUAAGUGUCUACUUAGAAAACCUCCAGAAGCCAGGCUUCAAGUCUUUGAAACCAACUCAGCUUACAUUUUAUGUAAGAGGGACAGACCAGAAUUCCUCUGAUGGCCAUGAACCCUUUAGUACUUCUGGAUUUCGAGCAGUCAAAUUUACUUUGCACACCAGAGAUCUGCUAAGCACAGUAUUAUAUAUUCUCAACUCCUGCAGUUUAUCUAUUGAACAUAUCCAAAGCUUGAAUACUAAUGUGCAUUCCCAGCCACUCAAAGAAGCUAAAAGGAUGUCUGACAGGCCCAUUAAAUGGGAUAAGUCUUACUACUCUUUUACUGGAUUCAAGGACCCUGAAGAAGACCUUGAACAAGUCUCAAGAAUGGAAACAACCCUAACAUCCUGGUUAGAUAACAAUGGGAAAAGUGCUGUUAAAAAGUUGAAAAAUAGUUUGCCACUUAGGAAAGAACUUGAUCGUCUAAAAGAUGAAUUGUCUCAUCAGUUGCAACUCUCAGAUAUCAGGUGGCAGAGGAGCUGGGGCAUCGCCCAUCGCUGUAGCCAGCUACAUAGUUUAGGCCGAUUAGCACAACAGAACUUGGAAACACUUAAAAAAGCAAAAGGAUGCACAAUCCUAUUCACAGACCGUUCUGGUGUGAGCGCAGUGGGCCAUGUGAUGCUAGGCACAAUGGAUGUCCAUCACCACUGGACAAAGCUUUUUGAAAGAUUGCCAAGUUAUUUUGACCUUCAGAGGAAGCUGAUGCUGCUGGAAGACCAAAUAAGCUACCUUUUAGGUGGCAUACAAGUUGUUUAUAUCGAUGAAUUACAGCCAGUAUUGACCCUUGAAGAAUAUUACUCUCUUCUUGAUGUGUUCUAUAAUAGGAUAUUGAAAAAUAGAAUACCUUUUCACCCUCAAAGUCUGCGUGGUUUACAAAUGAUCCUUAACAGUGACAGAUAUGCUCCAAGCUUGCAUGAACUGGGGCAUUUUAACAUCCCAGUACUCUGUGAUCCAGCCAAUCUCCAAUGGUUUAUUCUUACCAAAGCGCAGCAGGCAAGAGAGAACAUGAAAAGGAAAGAAGAGUUAAAGAUUAUGGAGAAUGAAUUGAUACAGGCUUCAACAAAGAAAUUUUCCCUGGAAAAGUUAUAUAAGGAGCCCAGCAUUUCUAGUAUACAAAUGGUGGAUUGCUGUAAGAGACUUCUGGAAGAAUCACUGCCUUAUCUACAUGGGAUGCACCUGUGCGUUUCACAUUUUUACUCUGUUAUGCAAGACGGAGACCUUUGUAUUCCUUGGAAUUGGAAGAAUGGAGAAGCCAUUAAUGUAACAAAUGUUGCCUAUAAAGAUUUUCCAGAGCCAAAUAAUGGGAGUAAAAAAUUCCUCAAAUGUUAUAUAAGCAAAUAUAUUGGAAAAUCAGAUUUGGAUUAUGCCAUUUCUAAAAUCAACUAAUAUAGAAUCCUCAGUAAUAUGUUUUGAAUUGAAUUUUGUCUAAGAACUAAUUGUUACUUAAAAUAAAUAACACCUACAUCAACC